UCUAUUCAAUAGUUAUCUACGACAAGACGGAUUAUUUUUAUGAUAGGAAAAAUGUUUUGAAUGACAAUAAUAAAAUACCGUGAAAUUCUACAAACGUCACCAACAAAUGGAAACAUCUACUGAGAAAAAAUAUUGAAAAAGACGAACCCUAAAGAAGAUGAAGUUGGUGUUAUUAUUGUUAGCAAUGGCUGUGACCAGUAUAGAUGCUUCAAGCCAAGAUUGUAAUGCUGACAGUGGGGAAGUGUGUGGGGAAGAUAUGAUAACGUAUCAAAAUGAAUGUCAUGCAUCACAUAGAGGUAUUGCUGUAUCGUGUAAGGGAACCUGUCCAUGUGGAUGUGAAUGUUCUCAGCAGAGACGACAAGUUUGUGGGCAAGAUGAUAAAACUUAUUGGAACGAAUGCUUUGCCAAAUGUGCGUAA